ACCUUGGUGCGGAGCGCAGUCGCUGUGUCUAGUGUUCAUACAUAACAUUAUUUUAUAAAUUUAAACGUGUUAAAAGACAGCCUUGAAUACAUAUCUUAUUGUCCGGGAGUUUCUCGCUGAUGGGGCUGAGUUGUAUGGCUGAAUGAGGCGAUCGCCCAUGGUGCCGUAGAAGGAUGAACUCCAUCGCCGGUCGGGAUCUCAGCGUGUUCGCUAGUGCUGUCAGCAGCAACCCCGGAGCCUCAUCCUCCAGAGUGCUGCAUGUGGAGCUCACGUCACAGCAGAGGCGUUUACGUCACUUGCGGAGCAUAGCGGCCCGUAACAUUGUGAACAAGAAUGGCUCUCCUCUGCUGGACACUUACUUCACCCUUCACCUCUGCCACGAGGAUCGGAUAUCACGAGAUUUUUAUAAGAGUGAAGUCAUCCGAGACUCAUUGAAUCCUACAUGGCGGAGUUUAGAUUUUGCCAUGUUGCCGGACCUCUUGGACACAUCUGUGUCGUGUUUUGUGGUAAGAAUAUGGGGAGGAAGGGAAGAAGAGUACCAACUGCUUAUUGAGUGGAAGGUUAACCUGGAUGGGCUCAGAUACACAGGACAACAGAUUCGCUCCAGAAACCCAAAUGAGAUCAUCUUUGGACUGAAUGAUGGCUACUAUGCAGCUGAGUUUGAUCAGAAGGAGAGUUCUGAAAGGAAGAAGAACAAUUUGCUUCAGGUGGACCAGAGCUCAGUUAGGAACUCCUACAGUGUUUUCUCCCUGCUUAGGCUGCAUACUGCACAGAGAGCUAUUAAGCAGACUCAGGUGACUGUUCAGAAGAUCGGUAUGGAAAUUGAAGAGAAACUGAGGACAACGGCUACCUGCACAGAGAAGAAAAGUGAGAGGGAGUGUAUGCAGCUGGGGAUCGGGAUUCUGAGGUGUGAAUUGGAGAGACAGAGAAAGGCACUGGCGAGAGAAAUGGACAUGUUGCACAAAGAAAUGGCACAGUUUCAAAAGAAAGAGGAGGCGUCAUCUACUAAGCAUCAGGGACUGGAGUCUGAGCGCAAGUCUUUAACCGACUUGCAAAAAGAAUGUACUGCCAAAAGAGAGUUGUGUCUGAAGUCCAAUGCCCAGCUCACCUUCCGCUGUCGUCAGCUUAUAUCAGAACUGUCCUACAUUUAUCCCAUUGAUGUGAACAAUCAAAAUGAUUAUGUGAUUUGCGGUGUGAAACUGCCCAAUUCUGAAGACUUUCAAGCAAAGGAUGAUGGGAGUGUGGCGGUGGCUCUGGGUUACACUGCACACUUGGUGCUGAUGAUAUCGUGCUUCCUGCAGAUUCCGCUCAGGUAUCCGGUCAUCCACAAGGGUUCCCGCUCCUCCAUCAAAGACACCAUCACCGACAAACUCAAUGAAAAGGAGAGAGAGUUCCCCUUACACCCCAGAGGAGAGCGUUUCCAGUUCGAAUAUGGGGUCUACUUGCUCAACAAAAACAUUGCCCAGUUGAGGUACCUGCAUGGGCUCUCCACGCCAGACCUGCGUCAGACUUUGCCCAAUUUAAAGAACUUUCUAGAGCAUGGAUUGCUUGUACGAUGUGACGGGAAUAACAUCUCCAUGUCCAUUCCUGUCCCUCUGAAGUGUCAGCUCAGUGUCUCCACCAUGUCUGAAGUGGACUUUCCUUCCCGGAACAGCCCCCCGGACCAAGGCAUCCAGACGCAGGCCGGAUCAGAUGCUGACAAGCUGAAAUACAGAACCCCUCCACCCAGUUACAACACAGUCAUGGCUCAACCUGAUCCCAUGACCACACUGGAGGUUCUAUCUGAGCUGUCCUCUGCAAGCAUGGAGGUAGCAGAGAUUGUAGAGCCACAUGGGGAUGCAGAUGGGGAUGUAGAAGUACAGGCUGCAUGUGAGGUGCAAAAUGAGCCAGUGCAGGCUGAAUUGGAGAAGCCUAUGGAGGUACCUACAGACAUUGGAAUUUGUAUUGCACCUUCUGACUGUAUACCCUGCUCCUCCAAUGACCAGCAUCCAGGGGCAAUGAAUGGAUCGGUCAUGCCCACUGAAGGUAUGGGACUGGGUGUUGUAGGUGGUGCAGAGCUGUGCUGCUCAGUGGAACAGGCGGAGGAAAUAAUGGGCACUGAAGCCACAGGGCUAGGUCUGGGACUAGGAUUAGGGUUGGGUUUAGGUGGAGGUGCCAGACUAGACGAUUACCCCUGCAUACCUGUGGAGCGUGCAGUGGCGGUCGAGUGCGACGAACAGGUUUUGGGAGAGUUUGACGCCGCUGGGAUCGAGGAGGUCUCGCGACGCAUCUAUGCACUAGAGAACAUGUCCAGCUUCCGACGGCCUCGGAAGAACUCGGAAAAAUGACUGAGAUACAUGGACCUGGAGAAACGAGUCAAAGGUGAAAGGUGUCCAUGAGCCUGCGUAAUGUUUCACCCUGACUGCAACAAGUAUAGACAUUACAUAAAGAACUAUAUUAUUAUUAAUAAGUAUUAAUAUUAUUAAGGAAAAAUCUGGAAUAUUGUCCAAUUUGCACUUCUCAAAACAUUAUUUGAAAUGCUUGAUGGCCGUCUUUCUGGGUGUGUGGCAGGCCUGUAUGUUUGGGUUCGGAGUCUUAAAUGCCACUCAGUAUUACAACAGGAGCUCUGGCACGCCAGGACUAACCUGAGAGCAAAACGAGAUAUAUUUACGAGGCUCAGCGCCAGGAGUACUGCCUGUCAGUCGGGGUGGGCAGCAAAGUCGAGGAAUUACUGUGCGCCAAUGACACCCUUUCACAUGCUGCAUACCCGAACCCUUCUUCAGAAACAUGAAAACCACAAAUGCAUGCACACACAUUGCACAAACCUCUUCGCUUUACUCUGUUUUCACAGUCUGAAAAAUUGGACCUUUGCGAGACCUUUAUUCUUUGUGGUUUAUUCAUCCAUUAAUAUACCAAUUGUACUUCACGGUACAAAACUUUUAGGACAAAACCUUUUCUGUUGGAUUAAUGCUGCAAUUACGUCUUGUCGGAAUUACCUUAAAUAUGAGUAUCCGGUUAGUAAAAUCCAUUUUCUUUUAAACUCAAACAUUUAUGAAACAUUUAUGAAAGAUCCAACUUCUCCCACUUGACCAUUUGGACAACAUGUAAAAACAACCACAAUGGCAGUGGCUUCAACAGUUUAAGGUUUUUGCCACCAUGUACAAUUACUCAGAUAUCAGAGAAACCAAAAUGCAAUUGAUGUGCACUGUAUACUGUUGAUUUAUGGCAUUUCUCCUCAUUGCAUGGCACAGACGUUUAUCUGUGUCAUAUCCUCUAUAAACAAUAUUCACAUGCCUUCAGCUUUCAGGAGCCUUUUCAGGCAUACUCAAGUGGCAGAUCCUGUAGUAUAACAAUUGGAUAAUGAAUGUAAUGAUCACUUUUAAGAAAAGACAGUGAUUUUGAAAUGAAAGGAACAUUAAUCAUUGAGUUUUGGAUCAUUUAUCCUGGCCUGAAACCAUUGUUUUAAUUCCUCUUAUCUUGUAGUAUUGCCUUGAUGACUGUUGAUUUAUGUUGUAUUUAAGACAAAUGCAAGAAUUUGUUUCCAUAAUUUGCUGUGACAUUGUACAUAUACUUUUGUAUGAAGGGUGUUUUAUUAUUAAAGACCACAGU